UCGUCAUUCAUUAGUUACGAUCUUUUUGUUUCAAAUCUGAAUUGUCAAUAACGUGCGUUAAAUACCAUACUAGGAGCUAGUCGCAGAGUUUAAUUAUACACGCACUUGAAAAAUUAAAUACCCACGCGGUGAUAUAACGAAUAGAUUUAAACCAUGGUAGCUCUGUUUGAUAAAGAGUAAAAAUCAAACUAAAACGGAAGCUACUGCAUGCAAUGAAACAUGCACUGAACGAAGGUUUAGAAAAAAGACAACAUAAAUCAAGGAAGUGCACUCUAUAAUUAAAAUUAACAAUGGAUACAUAAGAUAACGUUGUAAUGUUACCGGUGAUUGAUGUGUAAGUCGGGAAUGCGUGCUGAGUUAAGGAGAUAUUGGUGUCACUAAUAUAGAAGUUGAAAACUCAACCCGGAAGCGGGACGUCGUGAAGAUGUACGGGCGACCCCGCGUCAAGAAAGUCUUCUGCAAGUACCAUCAGAACAAGAAGUGCGAGUACUUUUGCAGAGAUCACAAGGUGCUACUGUGUGGUACCUGUCUCCGAGACAAGCACAGGGAUUGUCAGAUUGGGGAUGACCACGAAUACAAGAACUACUAUGGGAAGAAAAUCCGAGAGGUAAAGGUGAUGAUCGAAGCAAACAGGAACGAGCUGGUCUCGCAGACUCACACAGUGAUAUCGGCACUGGACUCGGGGAUAUCGAAACUUGAGAAAUUUAAGAAGGAUAUUGAUCUAGUCAUAGAGAGAAUCGGCGACAUGAAGUACGACGUGGGAAUACACAAGUCUGAGAUCGAACGGACAACCAACGCUCUGCAGGAGAUUGACAGACAGAUGACCAACGCGUAUGACUUGAGGACGUGCCAGCAAUGCUAUGCAGAUAUCGACCUGGAAAAGGUCAAGUUUGAAAGAAAACAGAGAAAACUGUACCAGGUGCCGACCCGUCUGAACGAUGACGUCACCGCUUCCAUCCACAGCCUUCAGCGCCGUCUGAAGAACAUCAAGAACGGCAUCAACUCCCAACUCAGUUCAACCAAGCUCGCACAGUACUACCCGAACGCAAGGUCCUUCAAGGAACCGACCACGCCGUACCUGCCGUACUUUGAGCUGGAGAACAAGGUGACCCACAAGAAGCCCAAGGACCACGCCCGCAACCAGGGCCGCCUGGCUCAGUGGUCCAACAUGGAGGACGUCCGGUUUGACCUCCGCUUUCAGUCCACAAGGACGCCGAUGACAAGGCUGCCAACGUUAAACUGAAUCGACGAGGCGCAUUCUUGGAACACUGGACUUAAUUUAUAUGCGUACAGAUUCGUCCCUAAUCAGGGACGACACUUUCUGUUUUAUGAUAUUUAUCUUUUAAAGAAAGAAGCAGAGAUCCAUUCUAGACGGAAAGUGUCUUCCCUGAUGAUCGUGUGCGGAAUGCAUAGCAUAAUCUGGGACGACACUUAACGCACAUGUAUUAAGUCCCGUUUUCCCAGAACGGCAUUAAGUCCCGUGUUUCCAGAACGCGGCUCUAUCUAUUUACCACAAAUUCUGUGGGACACCAUUAAUUUGUGACAAUAACAUAUCUCUUAAUUCAAUUCUUAUUUACCGAAACACACCUAUGCAUAACUGGCAUAACAUCGUCUAGAAAACACGGUGUUAACCGAAACGAUGUAAAUACCACAAAAGGUUUAUGCAUGCGAUAUCUCUCAUGACGACACAAAAAUAGGCAGUUUUCUUCUCCAUUAUGAAAAGCGUUAAAUAUUUUUUAAAGUAAACUUCCGUAUUAUAUUUGAAAUUAUAUGAUACCAAACUAUUGGUGUUAGCCAAAGCACGAUUUCUGUUAGCUAAAGCUGUUAGCUAAAGCUGUUAGCUAAAGCUGUUAGCAAAAGCACGAUUUCUGUUAGCGAAAGCUUCAAAUUUAUGUUUUAAUACUUGGUAAAUUAGCAUGCCUGACUAUAAACUAGUAUUAAUUAUGUGACUAUGUGAGCAGUUUGUAGACUAUCAACAUUUUCAUAGUCUGUUUCUGCAAAAUAUGUUAAUUACCUGUAUUUGAUUUUAUAUCCAGUGUACUAUACUGUUUGUUUAUAAAAAUGUUGACAUUGCCAUCAACGUGUAAAUGCACAUAUGAUCCGCAAACGAUUGUUUCAAACAAUCGUGUUUUUGUUUGUGUUUGUGGACAUACAAUUCCUGAGAUAGUUUGUCUUUUUGUGCCCCCGGAUCGAAAGAUCGGGGCAUAUUGUUUUUGGCCUGUCUGUCUGUCUGUCAUUCAAUGUGUGUGUCCCAAAACUUUAACCUUGGUUAAAGUUUUGCAAUAACUUUUGCAUUAUUGAAGAUAGCAACUUGCUAUUUGGCAUGCAUGUGUAUCUCAUGGAAUUGCACAUUUUGAGUGGUGAAAGGUCAAGGUCAUCCUUCAAGGUCAAAUGUCAAAUAUAUGGCUUCAAAGCGGCGCAAUAGGGGGUAUGGCGUUUCGGAAAACACUUCUCUUGUUUUUAAAUUUAAUUGUUAGCGUAUUUAAAGAAAGUACAUGUUUUCUUUUCAAUGAAUAUGCAUGUAUAGCUGAAUGAGUGUUCAUCCGUUUCCGUUAUUUUAACUUAUGUGUGGGUGCAUAUUUUGAAUUGAAACGUUUCUGCUUCUGCGUUCAUAAAAACUAUUGUAUAUAUGCAUACUUGAUAUUGAAACGUUUACUGCCAGUGUUGAAUCCUCAAAAUGUUGUGCUUUUGACCUCAAACAGAGUAAUCAUAUAAAUU